AUGAACCGGCCCCGGAAAAUGGCGAUCGCUGCCGUGGUGCUGCUGCUAGCGGCGGCGAUGCCAUGUGCGCUGUGCAGCGGGAAGCGCGUUCUCGCGCUGAUCGGCAGCGAGGACAUCCGCAGCAGCCACAGCCAGUACUUUCAGGGCCUUCGGGACGCAGGGCUGGAGGUGGACGUGCGGGGACACAAGGACUCUGGCCUGAAGCUAGCUGACUACGACACGCCCCGCUACGAUCACCUGCUGCUGCUGGCGCCACGCGCGACCAGCUUUGGCGGCAGCCUCAGCAAGGCCUCCAUCCUGGAGUGGGCCGACGCCGGCGGCAACCUGCUGGUCGCCCUCGCGCCCGGCGCCAGCGACCUGGUGCGUGGCCUGGCCGCCGACCUGGGGGUGGAGGUGGACGCCAAGGGCACGCGGCUGUACGACCACUUCAGCCGCCAGGCGGCCGGCGGUGCCACAGACCCCUCACUGGUGGCCACCAGCGCCUGGAUCGACAGCGACGCGUUCCUGGGAGCGGCGCGGCCGAGCAGCCCGGUGCUGUUCCGCGGCGUGGCGCAGGCCGUGCCGACCAGCAGCGAGCUGGUGACUGUGCUGCUGUCAGGGGAGGCGACCUCCUACUCCCACGACCCCACCAAGGCGGCCGCAGAGCCCCCCCUGCUGCCGGCCGGCGGGGCAGCUGCGCUCGUGAGCGCGGUGCAGUCGCGCAACAACGCGCGCGCCCUGGUGGUGGGGUCCCUGGACUUGCUGGGCGACGAGCUGUUUGACGCAGCGGUGGAGGUGGCAGAGUCGGGCAAGAGCUACCCGCAGUCUGGGAACCGUGCGUUUGCGCUGGCCGCGACCCUCUGGGCCUUCCAGCAGCGCGGCGUGCUGGAGGCGUCCGCCCCGCGCCACCGCAACGUGGUGACGGGGGAGGAGGGCCCCUCUCCAUACCGAGUGAAGGAUGAGGUUCAGUUUGAGAUUGACAUCUUCGAGGUCGAGGGCGGGGAGAGGAGGCCCUUCAAGUCUGACGACGUCCAGGUGUCCUUUGUGAUGCUGGACCCCUACAUCCGCCAGCCCCUGCAGCAUGCCGGCGACGGCAAGUUCUCGCUGAGGUUCACUGUGCCUGACGUCUACGGCGUGUUCAAGUACGCCAUCGACUACCACCACGCCGGCUACAGCUACAUCAACCUGGAGCACGUUGUUCCCGUGCGGCCGUACCGCCAUGACGAGUACGAGCGCUUCAUCCUGGCGGCAUACCCCUACUACGCCUCAGCAGCGUCCACCAUGGCCGCAUUCCUCGUGCUGGGGCUCGCAUUCCUCUAUGGCAAGUGA